UAACUUCAGACAUCAUGUCAAGUUAAUUUGCUUUUACGACUUACUCAAAAAAACACUGAGCCUAAAGACCGGGACUAUAGUCCUCCCCUACUUUUUUCCAAUAAUAGGUUAGAAAAUGUUUUUGAAAGUUCACGCUAACGAACGCAUUAGUAGCAGUUCUGCUGGGAACACGUUUUUGUUCUUUUUAAUGGUGCUUUAUUUUUUGUGAUCAAAGAUAAAUUUGUAUUUUAUCUAACUCGGUUUUGUAUUUUUAUGUUAAUUGAAAUCUUCUCUAAAUCGCUAUGUUGUUAAGGACAGAUAUAAGCGAAUAAAGGGCGUGGCCGUAAAAAGAUUUAGGGGCAAGCCUCUUAGUCCCGUUCCAGCCACUCCGUUAUGAGCUGGUGCCAGUGUGACCUGAUCUAGCGUGAUAUUGGCAGGAUAUUGGCCAAAAAUCGUCAUUUAGCAUAAAAUCUAGCAUAAUUUGGAAUCUAGCAUAACUCUGGCAUAAUUCUGAUAUUAUUUAAAAGAAACAUUGUUUCUAUUGAUCCAUUGUCUAUCGUUACCAAAUGCAAACACUCUACACCAGCAUCUGUGGUUUCAUUUUGGGAGUAAAUUGUGACUUCCCACCUUCAGGAUUUUGCCAGUUGUUUUGAAUGGUUGGCGGCCACAUAUUUUGUGGUUGGCAGCCAAAUGCAGCAGCUAAACGCAGUAUACAAAAAAGCUUAAUUUUUGCUAAUUAUUGGGAGUGAUAUCGCAAUCAAAAUUUGCUUUGUUGGUUACAAAAGUUUUCACUUGCUUUGAUCUAAAACUGUUUGUUAUCUUUUGCUUUGUUUCAUCAUUCAUCAUUGGCAAUUUUGAAAUUAUUUUAAAUAUUUUUGAAUAGAAUAUCAUCUGUGCAAAAAAUUUUGUUUCCUUUCCAUUUUCGUUGUUUUUUUAAACAUGCGGCCAGGAUUCAGCCAAAUUUUGCUUCUUCGGCCAAAUCAAUUUGUGGCGGCCAAGGGCUUUUGAGAAACUGCCAAAAUGGAGAAAUUUGGCCAUCAAACCAUGAAUCUAAAUUGCCUUUUUGCUUAUGAAGAAUGAGUACACUGGGUUGUCAAAAAAGCCAAAUUGAAACUCUGGCCAACCUAUUAGUAGCAGUUCUUCUUGACUGCGAACCCGUAUUUGUUCUUUUUUAUGAUGCUUUAACUUGUUUGAUCAAAGAUAAAUUUUUAUUCCAUCUAACUCGGUUUUGUAUUUUUAUAGUAAUCAAAAUCUUCUCUGAAUCGUUAUGUUUAAGAAUAAGGACAGAAAGAAGCAAAUGUUUUCCGGUGUUUCAAAGGGUGUGGUCGUAAAAAAUCUAGGGCAGGCUCCCUAGCUCGGCUCCAGCCAUUCCCCCUAUAGGCUGGUGCAUGGUGUCUGCGUUACUAACAAGAUGGGGGGAAAGAUCGUGCUUUCAAACUACACGAAAAGAGAAUAAGAAGAGACAAGCACAAUUUGUACAUGAGUGAGAGAAGAUAUUAUUUGCCAUCCGUAACGAGGUUUUUGUUUAUAAUAUCGAAUUUUUUGAAGAAAAGAUUUGAUGACAUAGAAUUGGAUGGGCUGAAUGCAAUUAAAAUGACUUUUGAAGGCCUCACUCUGCUUUUGCCCCGGGCAAAAAUUUAGCAAGAUUUCAUUCAACCGUGCAUUGAAAUUCUAAAAAUAAAUGACCAAGAUCACAGAGAUCUUAGAUUUGGUCUCAGAGGAAUUCUACCAGGCGAGACAACGGCACGCCUUCUCGCAGCAAACCCUAAUUCUGCCGAUGUAGAGAGGCUGAUUCCCAUCUACAAAAAGAUAGUAACAGGUUGGCAAAGCAGCAUAUCUCCAGAGAAACACUUAACAAAUAUAUAAAUAUCGCAAGUUUCGAGUUCCGUGAACAGCUACAAAGAUAUGGUUCCAAAAAACCAAAAACACUAAAGUCUGGGAAACGAAACUGAUUUAAGGAGAUUUUCGAAGGAGAAAGGGAAGAAAAAUAACUUUGACGGAGAUCCAAACAAACCAUGUCAAAGGGUUUCCUUUCGAUAACUAUUUGCUCACAAGUUAAGACAUCCCUAUAUCUUUUUAAUUUUCUUAUUAACCCAAUCAAUGUAUUGAAAAGAAUCAGCUUCUUAUACUUCUUUCAUUUAAGAUUUUACCCAAUUUAAACAUGCUAUUUGCACUAUAGUGGCAGUUUCUAUAUUUGCCACGCCCGUUUUGCCAAUGGUAGCAAAGUACCACGCCAAAAUUUUAUAAAGAAAUGUGGAUCUGUAAAAAUUUCUUAUUUUUGGCCGUGACUCAGACAUUUUUUCAACAUAUAGCUAAAAAUAGUGUUGCCUGAAACAAGUCAAAUGUGAACUAAAAAAGUAAAACCUAAGAAUUCUAAGUGUUAUCAAAGUUUCUUCAAAAUCUUAAAAUUGGCAGUUUGAUUUUCACAGAGGCCCCUUUUUUGUCAGAAAUAAAUCUAUAAUCUAGUUUAGUUAUUGGGUAGUACCUAGUACCCCCCCCCUCCCUCGUGGUACCAAAAUUCAUAAAUAUAAAUGAUAAUACUAUCUUAGGCACAAUUAUCAAUGCAUUAUCUAAAAGACAUUAGCUUUGGCCUGGAACUCAGUCAGGUUUUUUGCUGGAUCUCCCCCUGCUACAAGAAGCCAUAAUAAACUGCACUUGGCAAAAAAAGCUUGAACAGUUGGCCUCUUGAACAGCGGAUGUUGCAAAAGUCCUCAUAAGGUACAAAGCCCUUGAAGGGACCAAGGGUCAAAAGAACAGAAGAACGUUAUAGUCAGACGUCAACAGUACCGGAUUUGUCAACAGUACUGGAUAAGAAUGAUUUAAGCCUAGAUAUUACCUGCCUGCCACGUCAAUUAAAUGCCGCGCAGAAAAAGACAAAGGAAUGAAAUGAGAUAGCGUCAUUUUUCUUACCCAUCGUUGGUUGAAUCAGGCAUCAGCAGAAGCACACAUUGCAUUGCAUCGCAGACAUCAACAAGCGCAUCGCUGAAAUUAGGAUGGCUUUAUGCCUUCCUUGCAUAAGCAAGCCUUCUACACGCGAUUCAGCAUGGGCAUGGGUCACCUUAGCUGCCUCAACACUUGUGUUCUUCAGCUCGUUCGGUUUUCUUUAUAACUUUGGGAUAUUUUACAACUACUUUCUAAUUGAAUUCAAGGAAACAAAGGAAAAAACAGCAUGGGUUGGCUCCGUGCCGAUGUUUCUAAUGCAUGUAUUAGCUUGGCUUGCAAGUUGGAUUAUAUCAAAGUAUGGCUUACGGGCGAGUACCAUAGCUGCAGCUAUUCCUCUUGGUGCCUCAUUGAUCGUGACGUCAUUUUCAAGAAAUCUCGAUGAAAUGCUGCUUACAUUCAGUGUGCCAUUUGGAUUGGCAGGAUGCAUAAUGCUCAUGUCAAGCACCAGUGCUGUUUACAAAUACUUCGACAAGCGAGUCCCAAUUGCGAUAGGUUUACUGACAGGUGGAUCUGUGAUCAGCCAAAUUGGCCUCACGUAUCUAGUCAUUGGACUACUGGACAAUUUCGGUUGGCAGCGGACUCUCCAAAUACUUGGUGCUAUGCUUUCAGUAAUUUGUAUUCUUGCCGCGCUAACAUACAUCCCGAUGAAUUCCGGACCAGAGACAGCGGCGGACCAAAACCUACGAAAGAAGUCAGGCUUUAAAGAAUAUCUUUCGCUGUUGAAGAACAAGCGUUUUGUUGCAUUCCUGGUUGCUAAUAUUGUGGCAGGUUUUUCGUACUGUGUCACGAGCGUGCAUCAGGUCCAAUUUGCUGUGGAACUUGGCGUACCACGUGGUAUAUCAAAGCAAUUCCCUGUGUUCAGUGCGUCUGGUAAUGCACUUGGACGCCUGGUUUGCGGAUUUGUGCUAAAUGUAUUUGUCCAGAACAAGAUAAGAUUUUACCAAGUAGCGUUGUUUACAGGCGGCCUGGUUUCGGUUGUCAGCUCAUUACUGACCAGCCAGGCUCAGUUGAUUGCCUACAUCUGGCUUUAUUCAUUCCUUGAAGGAACAUUUAACACUGCUGUUCCUGUAACAAUCAGAAGCCUAGUCGGUCUGAAUGCAGCAGCACACGCAUACUCGUUGACGAUGACCGCUGUCGCACUUCCAGUUAUGCUUGGACCACCUCUCCUAGGUUAUAUUGUUGAUGUGACGAAAGAUUACAAAGCAUUUUUCUUUGUUGCUGGAGUACCAAACUUGCUGGCAUCAAUGACACUGAUGUCAUUAGGAUGCAUAAAAGAGAACAAUGAAAAUGUAGACAAGGAGGUUAUAAACGAAUUCAAAAAUGACAAAGGAAGUGAAGAAACAAUUUUAGAUAAAAAUGACGAAAUAAAGAAUUUAUUGCUUUUAGAGACACCAGUUUAAAUAUCUACAAAAGAUAUGUUCUGUGUGGUUAGUAAUCCUCUAGGUAAUAUUUUUAUCUUUGUUAAAGUGUCUGUAGAAUUUAGCUACAAGUAUUGACUAAUUCUUCAAUGAAUAAAGCUAGAAGACUAAGAA